UUUACUGUCAAAAACACGAAGUAUAGAGCAACGUAGGUUUUAGCACGUAGUACGAAACAGCUGCUUAGGAUCGUAACUGUGAAUCAAUUUUAACUUAAUUAUACAAAAUGUUGGACUUAUUUAGCAUCUUCAGCAAAGGAGGGAUUGUAUUAUGGUGUUUUCAAAGUACGAGUGAAAUUUUUUCGCCGUCUGUGAAUGCGCUUAUACGGAAUGUUAUCUUACAAGAACGUUCAGGUAACAACACGUUUAAUCAUAAUGCCUUGAGCUUACAAUAUAAGCUCGACAAUGAGUUUGAAUUGGUGUUUGUGGUAGCAUAUCAACGCAUACUGCAACUAUCCUAUGUGGAUAAAUUUUUAAAUGACGUACACUUAGAAUUCAGAGACAAGUACAAGAAUGAAUUGCAAGGCGGCACGCAUAAUAUGGACUUUGAUUUUAAAACCACUUUUGAUAAUGUCCUCAAGCAAUGUGAACAUUGGGCCAAAUCACAAGCUAAGAUUCCAAAGCAAAUGAGGACAUUUGAAGACUCGCAGAAGUCAAAAAAGACUGUGGCAUCUAUGAUAGAACGUAAAGGAGAAGAAAAGAGCAAAAAAUCAGUUAAGAUAGUAGAAAACAAGAGCAUUCCUAACGGCAAAGUAGAGGAAUCUCCUGAAGCCGAUGACGACGUCAUAGCUGCGAACAGAGCCAAGCUCGCUCAAAAACUUUCCGCUAAGACCAAGAAGGAUACGAAGAAAUCACCGAAGAGUCCAAAGACAACGCAGGAGCGCGUGAAGAAGCCCCGCGUGUGGGAGCUCGGCGGCGGCACGCGCGACCUGCCGUCGCUCGACUUCAGCAGCGACAAGGACGCCGCGCUCGCCGAUUACGCCGACCACGCGCCCGACACGCAGUUACUUGGUCAAAUGGCCGGCGCUAUCCGUGACUUGGAGGUGGAGUCCGAUGAGAGCAGUAGCGAGGACGAAGUUGAGCAGACACAUUCCAGUCCUAAGAAGAGUGGGGGCAUGUUUAGUAUAUUUAAAGGUCUGGUGGGUUCAAAGGCUCUGUCAGAAGAAACCAUGCGACCGGUGUUGGACAAGAUGCGCGACCAUCUUAUAGGCAAGAACGUCGCCGCCGAUAUCGCUAACAAGCUUUGUGACUCAGUUUCUGCCAAGCUUGAAGGAAAGGUGCUCGGCACAUUCGAUAGUGUAGCCCGCACGGUGAAGGCGACGAUAACGGAGGCGCUGGUGCAAAUCCUGUCUCCCAAGCGACGUGUGGACAUCCUGCGCGACUGUUUGCACGCGAAGCAGCAGGGCCGACCCUACGUGAUGGCCUUUUGUGGGGUAAACGGCGUCGGCAAGUCCACGAACCUCGCCAAGAUCUGCUUCUGGCUGAUCGAGAACAAACUGUCGGUGCUGAUCGCGGCGUGCGACACGUUCCGCGCGGGCGCCGUGGAGCAGCUGCGCACGCACGUGCGCCGCCUCGACGCGCUGCACGCCGGCUCCGUGCACCUCUACGAGAAGGGCUACGGUAAGGACGCUGCGGGAAUCGCAAUGGAAGCCAUCAAGUACGCCGCCGACUCUAAAAUAGACGUCGUACUAAUAGACACGGCGGGUCGUAUGCAGGACAACGAGCCACUCAUGAGAGCUUUGGCCAAACUCAUUAAAGUCAAUGAGCCAGACCUAGUCCUGUUCGUGGGGGAAGCGUUAGUCGGAAACGAGGCGGUUGAUCAAUUAGUCAAAUUCAACCAAGCACUGGCAGAUCACAGCUCGUCUUCCAACCCUCAUGUGAUCGACGGGAUUGUGCUGACGAAGUUUGACACCAUUGAUGAUAAAGUGGGAGCGGCUAUUUCUAUGACAUAUAUCACCGGACAGCCCAUAGUAUUUGUUGGUACGGGACAAACUUAUACAGAUUUGAAAGCGUUAAACGCAAACGCCGUAGUUCAUGCCCUGAUGAAGUAAUUAUGUUUUAUUUUCAUGUAAAAUUUUGAAAUUUACAGCAUUUUCAAUUAUGGAAAUAUAUAAAAUGGUCACAAUUCGAGAGAUAUUUGAAGAUAUUGUAUAAAAUAAAUUAGAAUUUAUAAUGUUGCCAAGAUAAAUUUCCAUAUAUCAAUAUUAUACCAGUAUUUAUAUUGACAAAUGGGUAAAUAAUAGUGUUUAUUUAGACAAAUAUUUCGUUAAGCAAUAGAUAAUUUGAAAAUACCUGAAUACUUAGUUUUAAAAAUCCUAUCAACUCUCUUAGUAAUACCUUAACUUUAAAUAAUGACAUAUGUAUAUCCUUUUUCAAAAACUAAUCUUUCUCUAUUGUUACGUUAUUUCUUAUAAAAAUAAAGUUGUCUAUUUCUACCAUUUCUAUUAGCUGUUUAGUUUUUCUUCCGCUAAAAAGGUGCUGGUAAAAAUUAAACGGACCCAAAGGUUAGCAAAAAUAUACAUUUUAAAUGCGUAGGAUUAAUUUUUCAGUGCCUUGUCCCAAUAUCGAAUAAAAAACGAAUGCAAUUUUAUAAAUGUCACUGCCUUAUUAUUCAUUUUAAUGAAAA